AUGAAGUUCUCUCUCGCCUCCUCCAUCGCCGUCCUGGCUGCUCUGGCCAACGCCACCCCGACUCCCACCGUCGUCGGCGGUAACGCCGUCGACCCCCGUGCCGUCGAGAAGCGCGCCACCAUCACUGACGCCUGCGACGUCGGCUACGGCGCCGGCACCACCGGUGGCUCCGGCGGUACCACCACCACCGUCUCCACCCUGGCCCAGUUCACUGCCGCCGCCACCUCCUCUGACAAGGCCGUCAUCGUCGUUAAGGGCGCCAUCACCGGCGCCGCCAAGGUCAAGGUCGGCUCCAACAAGUCCAUCAUCGGUGCCAAGGGCUCCUCCCUCACCGGUGUCGGUCUGUACAUCAACAAGCAGGAGAACGUCAUCGUCCGCAACAUGAAGAUCAGCAAGGUCCUCGCGGACAACGGCGACGCCAUCGGCAUCCAGGCCUCCUCCAAGGUCUGGGUCGACCACUGCGAGCUCUCCUCCGACCGUGACAACGGCAAGGACUACUACGACGGUCUCCUCGACAUCACCCACGCCUCCAUGGCUGUGACCGUCUCCAACACCUACCUCCACGACCACUACAAGGGCUCCCUUGUCGGCCACUCCGACUCCAACUCGGCCGAGGACACUGGCAAGCUCUACGUCACCUACGCCAACAACUACUGGAAGAACAUUGGCUCCCGUGUCCCCUCCGUCCGCUUCGGAAACGUCCACAUCUUCAACAACUACGAGGAGAGCAUUGACACCUCCGGUGUCAACACCCGCAUGGGCGCCCAGGUCCUCGUCGAGUCCUCCGUCUUCUCCUCCGUCAAGAAGGCCAUCACCUUCCUCGACUCCAAGACCACCGGUUACGCUACCGUCUCCGAUGUCGACCUCGGUGGCUCCACCAACGACGCCCCUGCCGGCACCUUCACCAAGCCCGACUACUCCUACUCCAAGCUCGGCUCUGCCAAGGUCAAGGCCUCCGUCGUCGCCUCCGCCGGCCAGACCCUUUCCUUCUAA